UUGGAGGAGGCGUGGGGUUCCUCCCAGGAUCGGACUGUCCAGAAAUGCCCUCUGCCCUCCCCCUCCCUGGCUCAGACCAAAAUACCGCCGGCCGCUCCCUGAGCUGGGGCUGCGAGUGACGCUGCGGGCUCUGGUCCGCCGUGUGGGGCACGCAGCCGCCGGGAGGGGGCAGGGUCCUGUCCAGUCGCCUGGAGUCUGACCUGUGACCUGUCCCCGCCCUCUAGUGGAGCCUCCCGGGGAAGUCCCGUCCACCUGCCUUUCAGGGAGCCCGGCCUGCGGCCAGGGUAGUCAUCGCGGCAGAGCCGGCUGGCUGUUCCCGCCCGCGGUGCCUCUGAGGACGGCCUGUAGCGGUGCUUCUUGCUGGGUAGUGUCUGGCCUCCUCCCAGCCAGGUCCUGGUGCUGUGGGCUCUCCGACCACCCCUGCUCCCAGCCCCAGGAUGGGCGAGUUCAACGAGAAGUCAACAUGCGGCACCGUCUGCCUCAAGUACCUGCUCUUCACUUUCACCUGCUGCUUCUGGCUGGCUGGUCUGGCCAUCAUGGCCGUAGGCAUCUGGACGCUGGCCCUGAAGAGUGACUACAUCAGCCUGCUGGCCUCGGGCAUCUACCUGGCCACAGCCUACAUCCUAGUGGUGGCUGGCGUUGUUGUCAUGGUGACCGGUCUCCUGGGCUGCUGUGCCACCUUCAAGGAGCGGCGGAACCUGCUGCGCCUGUACUUCUUCCUGCUCUUCUUCAUCUUCCUGCUGGAGAUCGUUGCUGGUACCCUCGCCUACGUCUACCACCAGCAGCUGAACGUGGAGCUCAAGGAGAACCUGAAGGACACCAUGACCAAGCGGUACCACCAGCCAGGCCACGAGGGCGUGACCAGCGCAGUGGACAAGCUGCAGCAGGAGUUCCACUGCUGUGGCAGCAACAACUCCCAGGACUGGCAGGACAGUGAGUGGAUCCGCUCUGGGGAGGCAGGUGGCCGCCUGGUCCCUGACAGCUGCUGCAAGACCGUGGUGGCUCACUGUGGUCAGCGGGACCACGCCUCCAACAUCUACAAAGUGGAGGGCGGCUGCAUCACCAAGCUGGAGACCUUCAUCCAGGAGCACCUGAGGAUCAUCGGGGCAGUGGGCAUUGGCAUCGCCUGUGUGCAGGUGUUCGGCAUGAUCUUCACGUGCUGCCUGUACAAGAGCCUGAAGCUGGAGCACUACUGACCCUGCCCACGCUGGCCCUGUGCGCGCCUGUGCGCUGCAGCUUCUCGCGGAGACUACUGAGCUGAUACUACUGACAGCCAGGGAACUGGGGUCCCUGGGUGCCUCUCCCUCCCCUCCCCCUGUGCCAUCCUCCACUACCAUGCCAUCAUCAUGCCCUCUGGGGACCCCCACCCCAGAGGGAGCUUCAAGUGCCUUUAGCUGCACACCAAAGUCCUGAGGCAGGGUCCCCUCCUGCAGUGGGGGAGGGGCAGCACUGCUGCCAAUGGGGGGUCCUGGUCUUGCUGGUGUGGGGGGACUGGGUUCUGACAAUAAAGUGCCCCCCUCCCACAGGCCACCUCCCUUGGGGGAGUUAUGACACCUCAGGGUACUCCCUGAUGCCUGUGCUUAGUUGGAAACAUAGAGAUGGGCUGGGUUGGCCCACCCUAGGGUGCUCCUAGCCCCUUGGACACACCCCACAUGGUGUGGGGCAGAACUUGGAGGGGUGUUGCUGUGUGGGGUAGGUGGAGGAGGAUGUUGAUCAGCUGCAGGUGAGGAGCUCCACGUGCUUGCCACCAGGUCAGUGCCACCCAUGUCCCCAGGGUCCCACACCUCUGCCGAUCCCCCUGGUCCCAGCCACCUGCUCUGCUGAGCCUGCUUUGUCUCCCACUGCUGUCACCAUCAUCAAAAUGGCCACAAUGUUCACUGCUGUUUCCCCUUGCCCGGGGGCAGGGUCUGGGGGCUCAUUCACUGCUGUAUUACAGAUGCCUAAAACUGCCCCAGCACAUAGUAGGUGCUCAAUAAAUAUCUGUGGGUUCACA